UUCUGAACAGCAUACACGUAUAUUUCGAGCGAUUGAGAUUCUCUUUCUGUGCAUCACAGUGAAAAAUCGAUAGAUCUUAGAAAUAUAUCUAGUGCAGUAUUUGUAGCGGCUUUUUUUGCAGUUCUAAUGAUAAAAAUAGCAUUUGAGUGAAGCAUAACAUAAGCGCAUGCAAUUUUGGAAAAUCAUAAUAUAAAAAGCGCCACAUUGAAGCAUUACAAAAUGAAAACAAUGAGUUAAGAAGGAAAAAUUCACAAUUUACAUGAGGAAAUCGAUCUCCAAAACAAUAAUAUGGAUUUAAAGAAGUACAACACGAUGAAAAUUCAGAAUAAAAAGGCUUUCAAACCAUUUCCAAUUUACUUUCUUCCUUCGAUACUUACUGCCAUAUUUCUAUGUCACUUAUGUUUAGUUCCUGUUUAUGCAGAUGCAAAACAUCCAUCACCACAAGCAAUUGUUGAUACAUGGGCCUCACAAUUCGGCGAUGAAUUGAAUUGGUUGGCGAAAAAUAUGACGAAAGCUGAUGAAAUUAAAAAUCAAUAUAAAGAAAAUAAUGCAAAAGUAAAAGAAAAAGGUGAAUUGAUUCAAGAUGCCGUGGAGAAUGUGGGAAGAAUGUUUCGAAGAAAAACAGUAGCGGUUCGGUGUAUAGCAAACAAAGCGGAAGAGUUGGCCGAAGAGUAUUUUCGAAAUUAUACAAUGAAUGAGACUGGUAUUGCGGAUACUGAACUUCAAAGUAUGCGUAAUAAUUACAAAUAUUAUUCGAGCAAAUAUUCCGUGAUAAACGGUGUUUCUUGUGCCAAUCGAUCGGAAACCAAAUAUCAGUGUUUAAAUUUUAAAGUGUUAAUAAAUGCAACCGCAUCAUAUUUGGACAUGGAGCUUUCUCCCGACAAACAUUUUUACCAUAUAAAUGUCAACACAACAUACGCUUCAGUGCACGUACCAACAAACGUUUUCGAUGGCAGCAAUGAGACGAAGGAUGUGUUAAUUUGGUCGGAGCGGCUAGACUCGGUGUUUGUAAAAAAUUAUAAAAAAGAUCCGGCUUUAUCAUGGCAGUAUUUCGGUUCAGAGACUGGUGUUCUUCGACAUUUUCCGGCAAAAUCAUGGGAAGACCGUGACACAUCCUCAUCGGUGGAUGUGUAUGAUUGUCGAAAACGUUCAUGGUAUAUUGAAACGGCCACUUGUUCCAAGGAUAUUGUAAUUCUUCUCGAUCGUACCGGUUCAAUGACUGGAUACUUGGGCUUUUUGGCAAAAUUAACCAUAAAAAGUUUGUUAGAUACAUUUUCAAACAAUGACUUUUUCAAUAUUUACACGUUUUCAAAGAACGUUACACCAUUGGUUGAAUGCUUCAGUGGUGAAUUGGUUCAAGCGACACCCGAAAAUAUUAAAGUAUUUAAUGAAAAAAUGUCGGAUUUUAAACAUUUAAUCGACGCAUAUGCCAAUGAAACAAGCAUUAAAAAUGCAACCGAAAUUGCAUUCGAUUUACUAAAAAAAUAUCGAAUCGAACGAAAAUGCGAUGAAAAUCCAUGCAAUCAAGCAAUUAUGUUGAUCACCGAUAAUAUUCAAGGAAAUUUCACUGAAACAUUUGAAAAAUACAAUCGAAUCAAUGGCACCAGAGUACCGGUACGAAUAUUCACCUAUUUACUUGGAAAAGAUCAAAGCAAUGUGGCCGAAAUGAAAAGCAUAGCAUGUUCGAAUCGUGGAGGAUUUUCACAUAUUCAAACUUUAGACGAGGUUCAAGAAAAAGUUUUCGAUUAUGUGGGAUACAUUGCACGACCGCUUGUAUUGCAAGGAAUUAAACAUCCACCGACAUGGACGCAUGCAUUCAAAGAUGUGACGUAUCGUGAUGAAGAGAACUACGAACCAGAAAAUGGGAAAAAAAUUGAAAAUCUACCGCCACGUUUAAUGAUUGCGGUCGGUGUACCGGCUUAUAAAAUCGAUUCUUCAAAUGACACUCGCAAGUACGUUGGAUUAUUAGGAGUUGCAUCAACGGAUGUACCAGUCGAUGAUAUUGACAAACUAACACUUCCAUACAAGUUGGGUGUGAACGCAUAUCCUUUCAUUGUUAGCAACAACGGUUAUGUACUAUUACAUCCGGAUCUUCGUCCAAUGGAAACAUUUAAAUUGAAAGAAACUGAAGAAAUUGACGAUCCACAAUGUCCGAAGGAUACAAAUAAAACUGAAUGUGUCUACCUCAAAAAUAAUUAUAACAGCAUUGAUUUUACGGAAGUUGAACAAAUCGAUGAAAUUGUCGAAGAAUUCAAUGGAACUGAAACCGAAUUUCGACCACCCAUUGGCGAUAUUUUAAAAAGGCUACGUCAACUUUCAUUAAGCCAUAAGCUGGAGAAGAUGUUGAAUGUGUCAGUGCGUUUUCAUUACGAUAAAUUGCGACGAGUGUCUGAAGAAAAAUACGAUUAUUAUUUUGCGCCAUUGGAAUCAACACCAUUUACUCUUGGAUUAGCAAUUCCGAGCGAUUAUGGCCAAACAUUGAUAACCGUUGGCGCUGAAAUUCAAAAUAGACUACACAGAAACGAGAAUUUGUCAGACCUUUUCGUUGGACAAAAUUGGAAAGUUCAUCCCGAUUGGGUCUAUUGUAAAUUUCAUUACAUGGAACAUAAAUCGUUUGAGAAUUCUGAAGAAGAGCUGUUGCAUUUUGUGAAAUUAUUUCAAAGUUCGUCGAUGAAAUGGUCAGAACAAUACGGGCCCGAUACAUCAAAUAGCGACGAAGAUGAAGAGCAUCCAAAUUGUGAAGCAGAGGCAACCGAUAAAGAUGCUGAUUAUUAUUGUAACAAAGAAUUGGUCGAGCUACUUGUAUUUGAUGCCAGAGUUACGAAAGAGAGUUAUGGAACAUGGAAAUUUGAAAGUAAAGAAGCCGAAGAUUUGAUCAAUGCGUAUAACGCUACACUGCGUUUUGUGGCUACAAUGAGCGGUUUGACACGCUGGCAAUUUAUCUUUGGCGAAACUGAAGUUGAAGGCGACAAAGAGUUUGGCGAUUAUUAUACAAAAGCAAUUGAUGAAACAUGGUAUAAGCAAGCGGUAUUACAGCAUAAAAGUGAUAACGAAAGUUUUGUGUAUGCUGUACCGCACGAUGACAAAGACGAGGUGAAAGAAGAGGGCGAUAUUAAAGUGUUGGCAUCACAUGCCAUUUUUCGAAUGGAUGCUGGAAAGGAGGCACCUGGAUGCGUUGUUGGUUUUCAAUUUACUCAACAAUCAAUGUACAAACGAUUUAAGGAAAUAACAUCACAACCAAUGUGUGAAAAUUGUUUACAGUGCGAUAAUGAAAUCUAUGAUUGUUAUGUAAUUGAUAACAAUGGAUAUAUAAUUUUGUCAAAUAACUCAGAUGAUACCGGAAGAUUUUUUGGCGAAGUUCAGGGAAAAGCAAUGAAAACUUUGGUUGAUUUACAGAUUUUCAAAGCCAUCACGGUAUAUGACUUCCAAGCGGUUUGCAAAAUAAAAGUGGAGGAAAAUCCAGCUGGAUCUUUUGCCAACAUAGUUUCUACGCCUUUACAACUACUAAAAACAUACAUUCAAUGGAUUUUAACGGAAACAAUUUUAUCGCUGGCGAAAUUUAAUUUAUGGGCUUGGGCUGAACCGCACGAUACAGAAGAACCGGAAGCAUCCAAUAAGACAACUAAAAAAACACAGUUUAUACUAGAACCUUGUGAUAAAACGGCCACACUUUAUGUGAUGCAACAAAAAUUUGAUACACAAAAUUUUGAUACUACAGAUUGGCUAUAUUUCAGCCGCAUCAAACUAUCGAAUUUACUUUUGGUUGCUGUACAACACGAAAUCCACACAUUGAAAACACCAUCAAUGGGUGCUGAAGCAAAGAAAAUAAACUACACAUUUUCGGACAAUCAUACGUUCCCAUGCCACAAAAAGAAUUUAAAUAAAUUGGAAAGAAGGCGCUUAGACGAUUGUUUCACCGAAGAUGAACGCGAAUAUGAAUUGACAGAUUGCUCUAGAAGUGAUACGCUUCAUAAAAUAAACAACAUUUCAUUUGUGAUUGUGUGGUUGUCUGUGUUACCGAUAGCCAAAUUUCUUAUGUCCAUACAAUGUUUGUAAAUGUUACACACACACGUACACACAGCACAAGGCAAUUUUGAUUUUGCCCCAAUUAUACAUAUUUAGAUUAAUUUUUUUAUGCCCGUUUUCUAUUUAAAGACAAACAAAAAAAAAAUGAAAUGAAAUGAUUUUAUUUAUCAAUGUACACAUUAUAAGGCGACGAAUUACGUUGGACGCCGAAUGGAAGAGAAUUCAUGUUCAUGUACUCUAUUUUUAGUGUUUAUAGUAUUCAAGAAAAUAUCACUUAUGUAAAACUGUGAAGAUCAUGUGCCGUAAUAUAAUCAGGAAAGAUGAAGAAAAAAAAGUUAUAAUAAAAAUUCAAACAAACA